AUGGCUGACAAGGCCUCAACAAAGGAUGGGCUCCCAUCUAAGGCGCCAUCCAAAGCUGGCUUCGAACCUGCCGAUUGGUUCUGGGAGUCUCGAAAGAAGGGCACUUCAACAUACGGCACACUGGGCUUCACGGUGUUACGAGCAUUGGACCUCCCGCUCCAAUGGUGGUUGCUCAGGUCUGGCACCGGCCUUGACAUGAUCCGACGCAUUGGGUUGACUCCGAUUGCACAACCAGUACUACAGGCUACGACGACCGCUCUGGGUCUGAGCCCUUACCAUUCUCUCGUCUUUGGACUGGCGUGCGGUAGCAGUCUGAAGCAGAUCUACUGGAAGCUCUUUGUCGGCGACACGGUGAUGCCUGCGGGCUUCUCGGGUAUUGUCGCGGUCUAUAAUAGCGCUCUGAACAGUCUCAACACACUGCUUGCGCUCUGGGCCAUCUCGUCGCAACAGCCGACGGAUCAAUCGAGCCUGAAGGCAUUCCUGCUCUCGGCUCCGCCAGCAUUGCAAGUUGGGCUGGCGCUCUACUCGGUUGGCCUCUUCACGGAAUGGUGGUGUGAGAUUCAGAGGAAGUCGUUCAAAAAGGAACCCAACAACCAGGGGAAGCCAUAUUCCGGCGGAUUGUUCAGUCUCGCUCGCAACAUCAACUACGGCGGAUAUACUCUCUGGCGAAGCGGGUACAGUCUCAUCUGCGGCGGAUGGGUCUGGGCUGGUAUGAUGUGUAGCUUUCUUGCGGGUGACUUCAUCAACCGAGCGAUUCCAAGCAUGGAUGCGUACUGUGAGAAGAGGGUAGGUCCAGAUGCUCGCUCCUCCUCUGUGUUGUGUUGGCUAAUCGUGUGUUGCAGUACGGCGAGCAAUGGGAAGAAGUGCGAAAGAAGGUGCCGUACCGCCUUCUUCCAUGGAUUUACUAG